AUGACUGCGAAAUUCUCGAAUGUGGCGUUCAUGGAUGUAUUGGAAAAUAGUUCCAUCAAUAAAAGCGAUAUCUCUGUCUGCACGGGAAUGUGGGCCUUUUCUGUGGAUCAUUCAGAAGGGUAUCCUCAAACGUCAUCGGCUCAUCAGGUUCCAGCGCGACCCUGUGGCGACAACGGGAAGUAUACUUCAGACGUCGAACGAAGUCGGUCAUAUUUAAGAAAUGACCGGCGUUUCGUUGGAACCCCAUUUUACACCACUGCAACCGGAAAAAAGACAACCACCAUGUUGGAUAUCCGGCCCCAGCUCCCCAGGGCUUCUGGCUCCAUGGGGGACCCAACGACAGAAUCCCCGAGUGUCCAGAAACUAAUCCGCUCUUUGGAACUCAAGCCGCAUAUCGAAGGCGGGUACUUUGCGGAAACGGACAGGGAUGAACAGAAGGUGGCAUUAACGUCGAAAGAAGACGUGAGGGCAGUUCAGUCCGACGGCUCUGCCUCGCCUGACAACAAAAGACACCUGAGCACAUCGAUAUUCUACUGUCUCACGCCGCGGAGCCCUAUUGGGGCGUUCCAUCGGAAUCGAAGCAAGACUGUUCAUAACCUCCACCGUGGGCGAGGAAUGUAUGUGACUCUGACGCCGAAAGACGACGGAGUUGACAUUGAUACGUUUGCUGUGGGACAUGAUGUUGCCAAAGGCGAGAAGCUUCAGUGGGUUGUUGAUGGUGGGAGCUACAAAGCGAGCUUUCUCCUCCCAGACGAUGAUGAUCCGAGUUCGUCGGUCCUGCUGAUCAGUGAGACGGUCGUUCCGGGUUUCGACUUCAACGAUCAUGAUUUUCUCCGCCGAGAUGCCCUUCGUGACAUGGUCGGAGGAACAGAGUUUGAGCAACUCAAGGCGCUGCUUCGGGAGAAUUUUCCUAACGAGCAGUAUUCUAGUUAA